AAACGUACACGAUUCUAUACGUCGCCGUCGAACAAUUUCCGAGUAAUCGAGUGACGUUUGCGGGCGCUUAAGCGCGCGCGAGUAAUUAAGCUUAGCUGCUGUCAGUUAGUGUAGCAGUGUACUAACCUACUAGGAUCGAUGUGUGCACUAAUGAGCGCGACUUGUAGAAUCGUAGCAAGCGGGGGUAAUUUACGCGGGAUCCACGUGUCGCGCUAGCGACGUAUUGCAUGUCGCCUAAAGUGUUUUUUACUUUACCGUGUGACGUUUUAUUACCACACUAGGCGGUAGAGUUUAUUGCUUGGCAGUGCGUAACCGCAGUGAUUUGUCGCAACCUUUGUGCCAUUAAUUGGAUUGAGCGACUUUAACGGGCAGCUCAAAGCAAAAACUUUCCCCAAAAAAGAGACCUCUUCCACCAUCAAUGACAGUUCAGUGAAGAAACCAUCGUGACAGUGCUGCCAGCGAAGUUUUCUAAAUAUGAGUGAUUAGUGCAAAUUAAAAGAGGGUCCAAAAUGACCUCAAGCCGUUGGAAAAUAGUGCUCCAACCAUCAUCACUGCUAGUGCACCAGGAUGAUGACGAGCUGUGUGCACGUUUCGUUGAAUAUUUACUCUGUAAGUAAAGUGGGGGUGAUUAGUGACAUGUGAAAAAAAAACGUAACUGCAAGACAUUGAAAAAGACUUGGCUCGUCCCUUUUUCUUCGGACCAUCAUCUCCCCUCCUGUAAGAUGCCUUGGGGCUGUCUCUGUUCCAAGGAAAAGAAACGCCCGCAAAUUAGCAGCCCCAUACUAAAGUCCGACGAAUCCGUCAAGCAGCAGCUCCUUCCGGCGUCCGGCCGCCGUCCCCAGCAGAUCGCAUCCUCAACCGCCGCCGCCAACGCCUCCAAGCUCGAACAGCGUCUACUCGCCGGUUACGAUCCGAACCUCAACAACCAAUCUUCCAACACCGCCGACGAGAGCAGCGAGGAGUUCGCCCCCAAUGGCAGCGGUGGCCUCAAGCGGGACCGACUCCAGCAGCAGCUGAUCCAAAAGUCCAAGCUAAAGUCUUCCAAUUUAAAGAGUACAACCUACACCAGGAACACCGAGAAUGACAAGCUAACGAGACACCUGAACAAUGUGACGUUCGCCUUCGACGAACCUCAGCGCCCGCAGGGCGGUCACAAGGUUGAGGUUAGGUCCGGGGAGCUGAUCCGGUUGGACGAUGAAGGGGACGGCAACGGUAACUACGAUGUGUUGCAGCCACCGCAGGAUGCGGUGCCUUCCAAACCACCGGAACUCUCCCAAGACGUCAUCCUGCAGAUCGUCGAAAAGACCGACGAAAACAGCAACGUCCACCUGAGGGUGCCCCAGCAGCAACAACCAGACAUCGUUAAAAGCAGCACCGAAAGCAUCCCGUACAUCGACGCCGAGCAGUCGCAGAUCCUGAAGAACCUCAACCGCGACCCGAACAAGGUGCGCAACUUUCACGAUGCUCGAAUCAUAACGCUAACGCCAAAGAAUGUCGGAUCGCAAGCGACCCGGGCCGGCCCGUCCAGUCCGGAGCUGCGCCAGCUGGUACAGGCCAAGAAAGAGCCGGAACCGGAAGUGGCUGCUGCGUCCGCCCAGCUCGCCCAGUUCAGUCACAGCUUUCACAUCUUGACGGGGGUUGCGGGCUGUGACCGGGUCUGCCAGCAGUGUCAUCUGGUGCUGAGUCUGGACGUGGCGCUGCGAUGUGCCAUCUGCGAGUUCACCUGUCACCAGCGGUGCGUCGUGCUGCAACAGAAAAGUACGAACCUUCGAACAUCGCGAUGGGAACCAACGACACCGAACGAGGUGACUAACGGGAGACGUCAAGCUCGCAGGAUGGACGUGCCGCCCAAGUCCCGCUACACGGACACUUCGUACCUGAUCUUCCAGCAGCUCAAGGAGGGUGGGUUGCAGUGUGCCUUUCCGGCAUUCUGGGACCUGCUCCACCCGGGAGCUUCCGGGAAGGUCACCCUUCCGGACGAGCUUCCGGCGGGGGUUGAACCCCUCGCGGAACAACCUUCCAAGAAUGGCAAGAAACCUGCCGGGCAGUACAAGGCCAAAGACAACCGGAAGUCGGCGGCCAGUGGGAUCCCGCGGAAGCAGAGCAAGAUCGCCGAAAAGCGCAAGAACCGGCGCAGUUUGGAGCUGAAGGCCGUCGAAGAGGCCCCCCGCGAAGAGGAAGAAGAUGUGGUCAGUGUUAGGGGGGAAGUUGGGGAAGAAGUGGGUGGAGCUGCGGUGGUUCCAGUGGACGAGAAGAAGCUUCAGAUCUGUGAUAUGUCCGGCGUGGCCGGGCGUGGGGAUCCCCGGCACGUCAGUGUGAUCAGCAGUGGGGACGACGAAGUGCAGAAGGACAUCCAGGUGGCGGUCGAUUUUCACCACCGACCCAACUCGGAAGUGGAACCGGUCAACCGGCGGUCCACGACGGAAACGAAUAACAAUGACGUUCGCUGCAAGUCGCACAACGAUCCGGCGCCGACGCCGGCGGAUUCGGACGUGGAGUCGGUCCGGACGGUGACGCCGGGGCCGGUUCCACCGCGGGAAGUGGACCGUGGCAAGGCGCCCGGAGUGCAGAUUCGGCGCAAGCAGUACGAUCUGUACGAGUUGCCUUAUUUGACGGGGUCGGAGUACAGUGAGUCCGACUUCACCGAUACGGCCAGCAGCGUCGGAGGGGAGCUCGAGUUGGACGCUAUGUCGGCGGCCAGUUCGAUGACGGUGGAGUACGCGACGGUUGAGGUUAGACAGAAAAACCAUGAAGAUGAACAACAGCAGGUCAUCAACAAGUACAACUCGCUCCCGCUCCAUGCGCUCCAGAAUCAGCAGCAGCAGCACCAGUACCAAUCGCCACACCUCCAACAGUCCCGGCCGGCCUCCAGCCUGAGCCAUGUAAAUAAUAAUAACGGCAAUCAUUACCAUAAUUACUCAUCGGCGCACCAGCACCAUCACAACAACAACAACGGCCUCCAUCAAUCACCUUCAUGGAACGGCAACGGCAACGCAACAGGUCCGGACGGUUCACUCCGGUUGAGUUAUGUGACCGAACGGAUACUGGCAUCGAUACUGCCGGCCCGGCGGCACAGGUACCGCAACGGGUCAACCACUCCACAGCCGACGACGACUCCCGGCGGUAGUAGUCCCGGGUUCGUGGACGAGCACGAACGCGAACUGAUCGAAAUGCUGGAACAGAAGCACGAGAGGAACUACCGGAUAUUCGACCUGGAGUCGUGCAUCGCCAGCAUCAGCCUGGAGAAGCUGUGCGAACUGUGCAAGCACAUCGACUCGUGGCUCGGCAGCGGCAAGGAGAAGAUCGUGGUGCUCCAGGACAGAUCUGACAAACAGCGCCUCGGCGCCGCCAUCGCCGCCUACCUCGAGUACCAGAAGAUCUGCGGCUCGAACUUUCCCCAGUCAAACCGUACCAAAGCGCUUCCAUCGCCCGGUGGUGGUCCCGACGGUCGCCGCACCCCAACCUGGCUCGACCUGGACCUAUACUCGACGCAACGCUUCCUCGAGUCCGUCACGGGUCCGCUCCGAGUCCCGUCCCACAAGCGGUACAUCCGGUACUUUUCCGGCCUGCUCGCCGGCACCAUCAAGAUGAACGCGUCGUCGGUGUUUCUGCGCGCCAUCAUCGUCGAGUCGCCACCCUGUCUGCACUACCGGGCCGUCACCGUCAACAGCGAGUGGCGCAGCUUCAUCAAGGUGUACGAGGGCGUCCGGUGUCUGUUCACGUCGGACAUCUACGUGAUACCGAUCACCACCCGGCAGUUUAUCUACGAGAUCAAGCAUCCGCUGCGGUUGCGCGGCGACGUCCUGGUGCGCUGCUACCAGAUCAUACCAAAUAACAACAAGCUGCACGACGAGAAGGAGCUCGUCUCGGCCGUGCAGUUUCACACCUGUGCCAUAACCGAGAAGGAAGUACAAUUCGCCAAGCUGGAGCUGGAUCUGGCGUGCGACGACGAGCGCUUUCCGGCGGACCACAAGCUGACGCUGUGCAUCGACACGGUGCCGAACGAGAAGAGUGCAAUACUGGUCUUCCAGAACCCGCUGGUGCGGAUCGAGCCGAUCAUCGAGAACGGCGACCACCUGGAGACGAUCAACGGGGGAGGUGACUCACCCAACGUUCUCCCUUCUCUUUCCCCUCCCCACAGAUCUGACAAACAGCGCCUCGGCGCCGCCAUCGCCGCCUACCUCGAGUACCAGAAGAUCUGCGGCUCGAACUUUCCCCAGUCAAACCGUACCAAAGCGCUUCCAUCGCCCGGUGGUGGUCCCGACGGUCGCCGCACCCCAACCUGGCUCGACCUGGACCUAUACUCGACGCAACGCUUUCUCGAGUCCGUGACGGGUCCGCUCCGAGUCCCGUCCCACAAGCGGUACAUCCGGUACUUUUCCGGCCUGCUCGCCGGCACCAUCAAGAUGAACGCGUCGUCGGUGUUUCUGCGCGCCAUCAUCGUCGAGUCGCCACCCUGUCUGCACUACCGGGCCGUCACCGUCAACAGCGAGUGGCGCAGCUUCAUCAAGGUGUACGAGGGCGUCCGGUGUCUGUUCACGUCGGACAUCUACGUGAUACCGAUCACCACCCGGCAGUUCAUCUACGAGAUCAAGCAUCCGCUGCGGUUGCGCGGUGACGUCCUGGUGCGCUGCUACCAGAUCAUACCAAAUAACAACAAGCUGCACGACGAGAAGGAGCUCGUCUCGGCCGUGCAGUUUCACACCUGUGCCAUAACCGAGAAGGAAGUACAAUUCGCCAAGCUGGAGCUGGAUCUGGCGUGCGACGACGAGCGCUUUCCGGCGGACCACAAGCUGACGCUGUGCAUCGACACGGUGCCGAACGAGAAGAGUGCAAUACUGGUCUUCCAGAACCCGCUGGUGCGGAUCGAGCCGAUCAUCGAGAACGGCGACCACCUGGAGACGAUCAACGGGGGAGGUUGGUCCUCCUCCUCCUCUUCCGGAAAAGACGAAUCGAACCACACGCAGGGCCCGCUGGAUGGUUCCCUGUACGCGACGAUCCUCAAGAGUCCGAAAUCUCCCACGGCGACCGGAAGUCAGCAAACGCUCAUCUCGCCGCCGGCUGAGUUCAGCAACGGCAAGCCGCUAAACGGAAGUGCAAGUGGUCCGCCGCCGGUGACGCCACCCCCGCGGAGUUCGACGCCCGGUGCCUACCUGUACGAAAGUGCCAAACGCUACAACCAAAGCGCCAACGGCGGAACGGCGUCAACCGCGACGUUACAGCGCGGCAACGCCGCCAGUAGUCGUAGCAACGACAGUAACAACAACAUUAGCGGUAACUACCGGGAUGUGAUAGAAAACGGAAGUGCAAGUGCGAGUGCGAGUGGGUACGAUCAGAACCAGAAUCCGUUGUCCGGUGGUAGUGGGGUGGGAGUGAGGGAUUCCGGAAGGGGUAGUGCGGGAGUUCACCACCACUCGUCGUCGACGACGACAACGACGACGCAGAUCCGCAGUCAGGCGGAUGGGCGCGAAUCUUCGGUGAGGAGUCCACUGACGCUGUCUAUGGACUCGGGCAUCUCCAGCAGUGGAGUAGUUAAUCGUCGCCUCCAGGGCUCGAGCGUUUCACCAUCCAGUUUCCCCAGCCAAGCUAGUCCCCAAGAUGAUCGUCACCGCGAGCUGGACGACCUGCUGUCCGACAUGCUGAUGACGGUCCAAGGAAUUCCGGACGCCGUCAAUCGCAACAACGGCAAGAACAACCAUCAUCCACAGUCUGCGCAGCAUCACCAGGCGGAUCACUUUGUAAACACCUCCACCGACACGAUCAAGCGAUCGCACUCGGCCCAGCUGCCGGCACUCAGAGAGGAACCACUCGCCAAAGAGCGUGAGUUGCUGCUGUACGAGACGAGCAGCACGACGACGACGUUGACGCCGCCGCCGAGCGAGAGUGGCCGCGAUACGCCGCUGUUGAGUUCCACGAGUAACUACUCGACGAUUCGCGAUAAGCGGGAACUCACGGGAGGCGCUCCGUUGACGCCGACUGAGCGUGAGCUCAUCAUGAACCUGCAGCACCAGCAACAGCAGCUGAACCAUCAGUCUUUCGGAUACCCUCGGCAGGCGCGAUCCACUACGGGAGCUUCGGAACGGUUCACCUCGGACGACGACGACGACACGUUUGCACGCCCGUACCACGCCCGGGAGGACUCACGACCCUUCACCUACGGCAGCAUACCGACGACGGGGACGCCCCAGAAUCCGCCCGCCUCGACCAUGAUCAAGAUGCAGUCGGGCCUGUCGAGUCCGUCGAUGGUGCGCAAGGCGCUCGGGACGCCCAACUCGACGCGCAAAUCGGCGACCUCCGCGGGCGUCACCUUCGGCAACGGAGUCGGCGGUGGUGGCCGCAACUCGGACUUUGAGGAAAUGCUUCGCGAACGGCGCGAUAAAGUGCUCAGUGAAAAGUACACCAUCGGCGACCAGCAGUCGUCUCCCGGGGGUGGCCUCAACGGAACGGAUACGGUCGAUAACGCCGGCACGCGGUACUAUCAGAAAACGGUUAAAACGGUGACCACGGAGCACGGCACCGCGAACGGAUAUCCGCACGAGCCACUGAAACGGUCCAACACCAUGGACGGCAGCUUCGGGCGGCAGUUCUCCAACGAUGGAAUCUCCGGCCAGACAUGGCUUCAGCUUCAGCAGCAAAAACUACGUGCCAGAAAGGAACAGCAGAAACGGGAACAUUCAAAUAGCUUUAGUUACAGUUACGGCAGCCCUGCAUUCCCCACCGGUGAGACGCCGCUGUACCACAGCGGAACCACGCAGCACCGGCGCAGCCAAACCCUGUCCCCGGUGCGGAACAGCAACAACGAGCGGAACUACCACACGCUGACCACGACCACGCGGACCCACUCGACGGAGCGGCCCUUCGUGGCCGUCAAGCGGGCCCACGAGAACGCCAAGAUGCAGACGAUUGGUUCUGCACCGCUGUCAGUUUUGAACGCUUCACCGCACGGUCAUGUUGCACAAGCGCAACAACAGCAACAACACCCGACACCAUCAUCAUCAGCCCCAUCGCCAUCGCCCUCGAUGGCAUCGACGACCGUGGUGGACCAGAACAGCCACCACCACCAUCAGCAAAUUCAGCAACAACAGCAACACGUUCAGUACACAGUAAACAGUAGUAGUAGCAAUGGCCACCAUCAACAGCAACAGUCGCAACAACAACAAAUACAAAAUGGCAGCUUCAACGGGACGCACGUUCAAAACGGGUUGCUGUCCCUGGCCGACCAGGACCAUUCGACGCCGAAGCACGGACAUGUGAGAUUGGAGUCCGAACAGUUACUCUUCAGUAACAUAAACAGUCUGAAUAAUCUCGAUACUAGUGAAAAACUAAACAAUCUGCUAAAAGACAUAACGAACAGUGUGGCGGCGGUUCAGCGGGCCGCCACGGUUGCCAGUAGUUUGCAACCGGCUGUUGUCACUACCAACACCACCACCAACACUGCUGCUGCUGCUCCCGCUGCUAAUAACCCGGCCGCUACUAUCGCUACUAGUGCUAACCACAACCACAAUCAUCACCUCCAACAAAACCAUCAAAACCAUAGGCCCGUCCCAAACCAUCUAAAUCAUUUGAACAACAACCAUCAUCACCACCACCACAACCACCAAAACCAAAAUGGCCACCGGAAGGCACCCUACCCGGAACCGAUGGACGUGUCCCCGACCGAUGGCAACCCACCACCAGCACCGGUGGACCCCCUCCGAAUAGGGGAAGGCCAGUUGGCGCUGGACAAACUGCUGGCAUCACUGGCACUGGAAAACGACGUUACCGAACAGCAUCUGGCCAAAAUUGACCAGCAGCCGCCUCCGGCGCCGGUAAUCCGGAAUGGUAAGCACCCGUACCUCCCGUACCACGAGUCGGAACUGUCCGCCGUGAUUGCCAACCUCACCGAGUACAACCUGAGCGAAGCGCGGGACCCACUCGGGGACGCCUUCCGCACCCAUACCGACAUCAUCAACGGCAACGGGUACCACCACCACCACUUUACGAACGGACGAUCUGGCAGCACUGCCGUCAACGGGGACGUCCUUGGGAAUCACCACGUGCGCCGGAUAGCGUCCGAAAGUGACAGCACCAUCUCGUCCAUCUCGCCGAGCCUUUCUGAGCGAAGUAACGCCAUCUCGUGGUGCGAUCAGGCUAGAGAGGAAUCGUUCUCGUCCUACCGCUCGGAGACGGAACCGGACAACUCGCCAACGGGCGGUUCGCCCCGACCCGAGACGCCGGCCUUCCCCGUCACCCCACGGACCCCGUACGGCCUCAGCAAUGGCACCUCUAGUCCAGCACUUCCACCCAAGAGUCCGACAUCACAACGAAAAUAUAACUCGACAUGGUCACUGCGAAGCCAGAAGUCGACCGUUUCAACGUACGACUUGAGCAAGGACCUCUUCACCGGCCAGCGCUCCCAGGAACAGCUCAUCCAGAAUCAGAACGAAACGAUGUCGUGCUACACGUCCCGGCGCAACUCGACAACCUCGAACGCCAACAGCGAACCCCAGGAGGUGGCGCCCCAGUUUGUGAAAUUCGCCCGCGAUUCGUCCAAGUACUGGUACAAGCCGGCCAUUAGCCGCGAGGAGGCGAUCGGACUGCUGCGGAACGCCGCGCCGGGGACGUUUGUGGUGCGCGAUUCGACCACGUUCGCGAAUGCUUACGGGCUGGUCGUCAAGGUGGCCCAUCCACCGCCGGGAGUGCAACCGAAGGCGGGAGGAUCCAACGGGGACGAACUGGUGCGGCACUUCCUGGUGGAACCGACGAUCCGAGGGGUGCGGCUGAAGGGAUGCUCGAACGAGCCCGUCUUUACGUCGCUGUCGGCACUGGUCUACCAGCACUCGAUCACGCCGUUGGCGCUGCCCUGCCGGUUGAUAAUACCCGAUACGGACCUCCAGCAAACCGACUUCCAGUCGCCGGCCCAGCAGCAGCUGCUGACCCAGGGUGCCGCCUGUAACGUGCUGUACUUGUUCACCUGUGAUACGGAAUCACUCACGGGACCCCAAGCGAUCCGGAAGGCCGUCGGGCUGCUGCUGUCGCUGCGGCCGCUGCCAAAGCCGACGCAAGUGCACUACAAGGUUUCAAUCCAGGGCAUCACCCUCACGGACAACACCCGGCAGCUGUUCUUCAGGCGCCACUACCCCUCAAACAACGUGUCGUUCUGCGGCCUCGACCCGGACGAGCACCGGUGGAGCAUACCGUCCACCACGGGAGACAUCCCCGCAUCCAAACGCAUCUUUGCCUUCGUCGCCAAACGGUCGCCCACCUCGGCGGACAACCAGUGCCACGUGUUUUGCGAGCUUGAGGCGACCCAGCCCGCCACCGCCAUCGUGUCCUUUGCCAACAAGGUGGUCCUGGGGGGUAGUUCGGCCUCCAGUCAGCCCCAGCAGCCCGUUGCGAGGGCAAUUUAAGCGGGGGGCUCCAUGGAAAGAGGAGGAGAAGGAGGAAGGAAAAAUUCGAGUCAUUUUUGCUGUUAGAAAUUUGUUUGUAUUUUUUGUUCAAAUACGUCGACACACAAAAUUUGCGGGCAAGUCGCAAGUAAAAUUUAUCUUUAUUGGUACUACUUAACGAAGCAACGCAAUCGCACUAAACACAAACAAUCUGAGCGGAAGUUAACUGCAUGAAUUUAUGGAAAAAGGAGAUUUGGACACACGCCGCCACACGUGGAAAGCAGCUUUUUAGAAUAGUCAAGUUGGAUAUUUUUAACAGAAACGCAGCGCAGCAGCAGGAAGAAGAACAAGUGUAAACACUUUGAUUAAUUUGAUUGCAAAACUGUAUUAAUUAUGUUAAAUAACAGAAAGAGUUAAAAGGAAACGCAACCACAACUACCAUAUUGUGUAAUAUUAAUAUAUCCACGCAAAUUGUCAGUGUAAUUAUUUAGCGCAACGCAUGUAUAAAUGUAGUUUUCUACGCAAAAGGAAAUAUUAUUUAACAUUCAAAAAAAAUAUUUAUAAAAAAAUAAAUUAAACCAUUCUGUAAAAGAAAAUCCA